GGUCGGUUGAAAAUGUCUUGACAUGUAUGACACCAUCUCACAAAACACCAUUAAGUACUUUCUUCCGCUUGUCUGAUUUCAUAGAUUUGGGGUCACUUACGAUGCAGUGUCUCUGAGUGUGUGUGUGUGAGUGUGUUUGUGUAGUUGUGUAUGGUUCUGUGUGAGAGGGUGGCUUGGAGGCUCAUGUCCUCAAUACCCAGUGUAAAUUUAGGAUACUAUUUAUAGCUUUGUGACACACACAGCUUGCAGCUGUUAGGAAAUCACCCUGUCGGUGUGGAUUGGUCAUACUUCAACAGAAAAUCAGAGGACGCUAGUGAACGCUGUACUGAGGAAAGAGUGUCUGUUUGUGUCACUUUGCAAUGGGGGACUUCCAGCAGUAUGAUCAGGACUUUUAUCAGACAGGCUAUUACAUAGACGACCAAGGUCAGGUGGGCUACAGCUAUGACCCAAACUACGCUCUGAGUCCAGAGUACCAGGAGGGUGAGGGUGUGUAUGACCCCUCAAUGGACUCAGCCUACCCUGGGCAGGUCUUUCAACCUCCGGUGCCUCCUGGGACAACAGAGUACACGGGAGAUGGCUAUGAGGAAGAGCCCCCCCUGCUGGAGGAGCUGGGCAUUAACUUUGACCACAUCUGGCAGAAGACCCUAACUGUGCUGAACCCCCUGAUGCCAGUUGAUGGCAGCAUCAUGAAUGAGACAGACCUGACUGGACCCAUGCUGUUCUGUGUCGCCCUGGGAGCCACCCUGCUGAUGGCUGGGAAGUCUCACUUUGGUUAUGUGUAUGGCUUCAGUGCUGUAGGAUGCGUGGGGAUGCACUUGCUGUUAAAUGUCAUGAGUGAGUUUUCAGUGUCGUGUGGGUGUGUGGCCAGUGUGCUGGGCUACUGCCUCCUCCCCAUGGUGGCGCUGUCUGCAUUUGCUGUCUUAUGCUCUCUACAAGGGCUGCUGGGUAUGAUCCUCGCCUCGCUUGUGAUUGGCUGGUGCAGUCACUCUGCCUCGAAGAUCUUCAGCACCACUCUGGGAUUGACGGGACAGAGGCUGCUGGUAGCCUAUCCCUGUGGUCUGCUCUACGGGGUAUUUGCCCUACUCUCAGUCUUCUGACCAAUCACACGGCUCAUUGGCUCAUUGUCUGUAUUACAUCAGAGACCGACUGCCCACCAACUGACCCUCCGGUGACCUAUCAAAGGACAACAGACUGUUCACCCUCUUUGUUGUAAAUAUAGCCCUGUUUUGAUACAAAAUAUGAUGAAAUGAUGAAUAAAACAUGAUAACUAACAA